AUGGCGCAAGUGCGUCAACGUCGCCAACCUCUGGCGGUACCAAUAGUCUCCUCUCCUCUCCCUUCUUCUAAGGAGAUUGAACAUCAUCACCGCUUUAAUACGUCACUACCUCGUGGAUGGCUCGUAGUUGUAGUAUUUUUGACCUACUAUGCCGUAACGUUUGCUAUUGUACUCUAUGGCCAAACGUGGUUACCAGAGGCUAAAGGAGUAGAGACACCUUUGGAUGAAUUCUCAGAAGGUAGAGCUCGUGUAAUACUAGAAGAGAUAAUGAGCUUUGGAUAUCGUCCUGUUGGUACAAAAGCUAAUGAAGAAUUAACACCGAGGUAUCUAUUGCAACAAAUUGAAGCAAUCAAGAGCAUUCAAUCCGACAAUGUCAAUGUCCAAGUUGAUGUCCAACGACCAUCGGGUGCCUUUGGACUUGAUUUCAUUGCACAAUUUCAGAAUAUUUAUGCCAACGUGACAAAUAUUCUAGUCAAAGUGUCGCCAUCUGAUGCAACGUUGGACGCGUUGAACAAUUCGCUGAUGCUUUCGUCUCACUAUGAUGCUGCAAUUGGUGGAGCAGCGGCAUCAGAUGAUGGUGUAAACAUUGCAAUUAUGAUGGAGUUACUACGGAUGGUUGUAUUGAAUCCACCCAAGCAUGCAACAUUGAUUUUUAAUUUCAAUGGAGCAGAAGAAACGAUUAUGCAAGCAGCACAUGGAUUUAUUACACAACAUUCAUGGACAAAUACCAUUCGAGCAUUUAUUAACUUAGAAGCUGCUGGUGCUGGUGGUCGUGAAUUGCUUUUUCAAACUGGUAGUGAUGAAUUAGCAUUGGCUUAUGCACAAGGAGCGAAAUAUCCACAUGCAAGUAUUAUUGCACAAGAAUUGUUUCAAUCGGGUAUUAUUCCUGCUGAUACAGACUAUAGAGUGUAUUGUGACUUUGGUUACGUUGCUGGAAUGGACUUUGCCUAUAUUGCAAAUGGUUAUGUUUACCAUACGAUGCUAGACGAUAUCUCACGGAUUCAACCUGGCUCAGUUCAGCGUCUUGGUGACAAUAUUGCUGGUGUGAUACAUCAAUUGGGAAACGAACCUGGACGUUUGAAAAAGGUCGGAGACAAUCCACAAAGCUCCAAUACUUUUUUCUCGGAUGUUAUGGGACUUACAAUGGUAACUGCAAGCAAAACGAUAACGCUCACUAUCUGUGGUGGCGUGCUUCUACUGGCAAUGAUCUAUCUCUUGCUUUCUCAAGUUUCGUUCAAUGAACGCUUCACUGCGUUUGUACUGACUAUGAGAUGCUUCGGUGCCGCAAUCGCAUCAUCAUUGAUCGUUGCUGUGUUGCUUAGUCUGUAUGCACCACUGCCUUGGUACUCCCAGCCUUACUUGGCUGGAGCUCUCUUCAUUACUCCAGCACUUGCGGGAAUGCUUCAUCAGUUAGUGCGACUGCUGGAGAAAAAGGCAUACAAGAUGACACCUGGGGCUCUGUGGCGUUUGGAAGAAAGUCUUUUUGAAGCUAAUACGUGCCUAUGGAUGGGAGGAUUGACGAUCUGCUUGCAACGUGGGCUUAUCUCCAGCUACAUUGUGGCAAUGUGGAUUUUCUUUCCGUUAGUUGGGCAGGUGCUGUGUCAGCUCCUGCAGCGCUCCCGCUUUUUCUCGUCGGGCAUUUACAUUUGUAUCUCGCUGGGUGCCAUGAUCAUCCCUGUGAUUCACACGAUGAGCUGCUUUGCCAUUGCCUUGAUAUUUUUUAUCCCUUUGCUCGGUCGAAGUGGUCCAGUCAUUCCUCCCGAUGUGGUGUUGUCACUAUUGAUGUGUGUCAUUCUCCUGAUAAUGGUUUCCUAUUCGGGCCGAGUGUUUUGCUUUCUCUCCGUCAAGCAGCUCAAGUUGAUUCGGAACAUAUGCAUCAUCACUACCGUAAUAGUCACAGCUUACGCUUCAAUUCGAAACCCGUACUCGGAUAUCUGUCCAAAACGUGUUGCGCUCCAGCACGUUCUGCGUCAAGUCAUACUUCCCAACGGCGAUGUUUACACUGACUCGGGUCUAUGGGUCAAUUCAAUGGACUUUCGUGGACUUGAUCCGAUUAAGAGCAACUUGGCAAGCACGCAAUGGAAGGAUGCACGCAUGCACGUAGCACCAGAAGAAUUGCACGAAAAUGCCGAAGUAUACGGUCACAUGCCAUGGUCACUUCCAAUGAAGCACAUGCUUCCAGAACAGAAAUCUUGGUAUCUACUGACUGCUGCACCUGUCGUCCCAAAGGAUGUGCUUUCCAAGCUUGAAGUUCUCACGUCAGUGUAUUCAAACAAGACAAAUCGCCGUAAAAUUCACUUUAUCUUGAGUGGACCAUCACAUAUGAAUCUGUUCAUUGAUGCCAAGAAAACAAAACUCACUUCGUGGUCUUGGGGAAACGGUAGCAGUGCACCAGCUGUGGAAGCUGAAGAUGCAUACAUUCUUCAGUUUUGCAGUGGUACUGUGCCAUCAAAUUAUCAUUUUUGGAUCGAAGCCGAGUCGAACAAACCAAUUGAUGUCGCUUUUGUGGGCCAUUACCUUGAAGCCACUACACCCGAGAUCAAGGAAUUUUCUGAUCCAAUACCGUCUUGGGCUGUUAUUACCUCUGCCGUAUCAACAUGGACAAAGUUGCAGAUUUAA